CCAUGUGGAAGAAGCUGCCAGAGUGGCCCAAGACCAUGACGGGUCUCCCGAGCACGUCGGGGACCACAGCCAGCGUGGUGAUCAUCCGCGGCUCCAAGAUGUACGUGGCCCACGUUGGGGACUCGGGAGUGGUGCUAGGAGUCCAGGACGACCCCAAGGAUGACUUUGUGAGAGCUGUGGAGGUGACCCAGGACCACAAACCAGAACUUCCCAAAGAAAGGGAGAGAAUCGAAGGCCUCGGGGGCAGUGUGAUCAACAAGUCUGGUGUGAAUCGAGUGGUGUGGAAGAGACCUCGGCUGACCCACAACGGCCCCGUGCGCCGCAGCACGGUCAUCGACCAGAUCCCCUUCCUGGCUGUGGCCAGAGCUCUGGGUGAUCUCUGGAGCUAUGACUUCUACAGUGGAGAGUUUGUGGUGUCUCCUGAGCCUGACACCAGUGUGCACACCAUCGAUCCCCAGAAGCACAAGUACAUCAUCCUUGGCAGUGAUGGGCUGUGGAACAUGAUCCCACCUCAGGAUGCCAUCUCCAUGUGCCAGGAUCACGAGGAGAAGAAGUACUUCAUGGGAGAGCACCACCAGUCCUGUGCCAAGAUGCUGGUGAGCAGGGCCCUGGGCCGCUGGAGGCAGCGCAUGCUGCGCGCGGACAACACCAGCGCCAUCGUCAUCUGCAUCUCCCCCGCGCAGGAGAGCAGGGGCAGCCUGGAAUGUGAGGAGGAAUUGUACCUCAACCUGGCAGAGGGGCCCUGCUACAGCAGCCCUGACACCAGCUGCAUGACUCCCUCACGCUGCUGCACUCCCCCUGUCAAGCUCUUGGAAGAUGACCCCUGGCCACGACUGAACUCCGCCGAGCCCGUUCCUCCCCUCCUGCACAGCAACAUGCUCUCCGAAAAAUACUCGGAGCUGCCAAACGAGAUUGCCAAAAGCAGUUUCCCUCCCUCGGGAGGAACCCCGAAGGAUUCAAGCCCACAGGAGGAGAAGUGCAGCAAAGCUUUGGCUUUGAGGCUACACGAACCCUACAGCAACGGUUUGUCAGUCAGCCUCUCCCCUUCCAACUCAGGCACGGACCAAAAAGCCUUGAGGGCGUCUCCUAACGGCCAAAGCAAAGCGCAAGAGGCGGAGAGGACACCCUCAGGCAGCUUCAAAAGGACUUUGGAGGAAUCCAACUGCGGGCCGGCGCUGAAGAA